AUGAAACUGCUACUUAAUGGCUACACUUGGCAAGACACUUUUGCCCAGUGCAUUAUCCAGAAUUUGUUGAUAUCUGAACCAGACAGCUCUGAUGCAGUGGACUGCUCCAUCCACAAAUCCCAGCCAUUGACUAGUAAUGAGAAGCUUGAAGACAACAGGCUAGACUCCAUUAUCAACGAUCGGUCCAAUGUAGCCUAUAAAAUGCCGUACUCAUUAUCAUCUUUACCCCUUUAUAAGUACCCAAAAUCUGACAAACGAGAUGAGAUUGUACAUGUCCACAAAUAUUUUGACAAACCAGCCAUACCUAGCCGUCGUGCUAGUGGACCUCCAGAAGUAGAACUUAUUGAUAAUUAUGCUGAAGAUAUGUACCCUGAUGAAAGUGAUGCCCAAAUAGCUGAGUCUCCUCUGGAUCCCAAAAACUUGUUUAUGUCUGAUGAAGCUCAGGCACCUUCUUCAGCCUUGGAGGGAAAUGGGAUCACAGCCAUGAAAAGAGCAGGGUCAUCUGAUGCCACUGGAAUGAAUGCUGAGGAAAUAAGACAGUAUCUUGACAAUUUGGAAAAGCUUUUGGAUACUAAUUACAGUUUAGAUAAAUCAGAAGAGAACACUGAAACAGAAAACCAGGCAAUUGACACUGAAGUCCCAAAAUCUGGUUAUGCUGUUCCUAAUGUCAUUGCUGACCGAUUGCAAGGUUAUGAACCUGGUGUUAAUCGUUUAUUGGACAUUGGCUAUGAUGGCAAAAAUGACAAUGGUAAUGUCAAUGAAGAUGAUAGUUUAUCACUUGCUGCUCAGUUACAAGACAGCAUCCCCAUUCCUGAAGAAACAUCUGAAGAACUUAUAGAUUCUUUACAGGGGGAAGCACAAGAUGCUCCUGUCAACCCAGAGGAGAUGGUGAGUGAUGCUGGAGCAGUACGUUUGAUGUCUAUUCUGGGAAACAAGGGAGAUCCCAUUGAUUCACCUGAAGAUACUGUUGGUACUCUCAGAGAUAAUACUGCCCUACCUGAGGAAAUUGUUGAGAUACCUGAGGAUACUAUUGUCACACCUGAAAAUACUCUUGAUAACCUUGAAGAUUCUCUUGCUGAUGACUAUGAAGAUGAUGAAAUUUUUACAACUGCAGAUGCUGAAAUGUUACAGCGUCUUCUGAAAGGUAGUCUCAGCCUGGACAGUCUAUCUGACAAGCAAAUGACUCACAUUAAUAAAUAUGUGAACACUUUGUUGGAUGCAAUCAAUGAAACUGAUGAACAGCCAGAAGAAAUGAAUCAAGCUGUUGAUGAAGAUGUGAGGGAUUUGCUCAAGAGUGAUAAACUUACUCCAGAUGAUGCAAAACAAUUGAGCAGAGUAGAAGCUUUAAUGGGUGAUUCCGAUUUAGUCCCAAGUGAAGAUGAAUCCCAGAAUGUCUUCAAAGAACCAGAUCCUGACAACAGUGUCAGUAAGAAAGCAUCAGCUGUCAAAGAGAAAACACCUGGUAAACAAUGCUUUCCCCAUAAUAUUUUUACUUUUUACUUACAAUAUUGGAGACUUCCUACUUUUGAAACAUUUUUAAAUAUUUCCUCAUCAUUGUUUCUUCUCUAUCCUCUUCUAUCCUUAUCAACCAAGUCAUUCCCCCCUGCCAACUCUGUCUCUCUCUCUCACUUCUUAUAUGCCUCUAUCCCUUCUCCACUACAAUUCUCAUCAUAUCUUCAUUUCUCUCUCCCCACCAUCCUUCUAUCUUUAUUUUAUUUCUCCCUGUCCUUUUUUCCUUCACCCACCGCCACUACCACUAUGGGUUUUGCUUCUUCUGUGUCUGCGGAACUCCUUGUGACCACCUGGAUCAAUCUUUAUUUUCUUCUCUCGUCUUCCCCCCCCUCUCCUAAACACUUUUCUCCCUUCCUCACUUCUCAGCCACCUUCCUUCAUUUUUCAUUGA